AUGUCAAGAUUGAUCUUCUUUGAUGAUUUAUUAAAUGUGGGAGCCAAGUGGAAUGCAACUUUUGUAGAGAUUAUGGAAAGUAAUGCAAAUGCUAUUGUUGUCUAUGGAGAUACCGAAGCCAUGCUAAUUUUCAAAUUGCUGCUACGUGGAGGAGAAACUGAUUCUGACAAAUCAUUUUGUAAAGUGUGGAUUAUGGCAAAUCAACUAGAUUUGAUAGCAGUCUCCAUGCACAGAGAUUGGGAUAUAGAAAUGUUCCAUGGAGCCCUAGCAUUCACAGCCCACUCACAGGAUGUGCCGGGAUUCCAACAUUUUCUUCAUAAUGCAAGGCCCCAUUUAGUCAACGAUGAUGACUUCAUUCAAGAAUUUUGGGCGCAAGCAUUUAGCUGUUCAUUUCCAAAUACUGAUGUUAAUGAGGAAAUUUUGAAGACCUGCACUGGGGAAGAGAGGCUACAGAGUCUUCCUGGACCAUUCUUUGAAAUGAGAAUGACUGGCCACAGCUACAGCAUCUACAAUGCUGUGUAUGCUUUGGUUAAUGCUGUUCAUGUCCUAUUCUCGUCCAUGUACAAAUCCAGAAUCAUUAUGGCCAUGGGGAAGCUAAAACAUGAGAACAUACAACCAUGGAAGAUCAAGAGAAUUCUUAGGAAACAAUUCAUUGUAAAACUAAAAAUAGAUACGAUUUCCUGUAUUGCCUGUAAAGAAGAUCAUUACCCAAAUGAAAAACAUAACCAAUGCAUUCCUAAAGUAGCAACCUUCUUAUCUUACAAGGAGACGUUGAGCAUAGGUUUAGCCAUUUCUGCAAUUUUAUUUUCUUUGGUCACUGCUUUGGUUUUAGGAACAUUUAUCAAGCACCGAGAUACUCCCAUUGUAAAGGCCAAUAACCGGAAUCUGACCUACAUUCUCCUUGUUUCCCUCCUGCUCUGCUUCCUUUCUUCCUUACUAUUCCUUGGUCAGCCUGAGAAGGCGACAUGUCUCCUCCGACAAACAGCUUUUGGCAUCAUCUUCUCAGUGGCUGUCUCUAGCGUUCUGGCAAAGACCAUUGUAGUCCUCUUAGCCUUCAUGGCCACUAGGCCAGGAAGCAACAUGAGGAAAUGGGUGGGGAAAACCGUGUCCAGCUCCAUUGUGCUUCUGUGCUCCAGCGUUCAAGCAUGCAUUUGUAUUGUUUGGUUGAGUACUACUCCCCCUUUCCCAGACACUGACAUGAACACAAUAGCUACAGAAAUUAUCCUGGAAUGUAAUGAAGGUUCCCUGACUAUGUUUUAUUUUUCCUUGGGCUACAUGGGCUUUCUGGCUUUUGUGAGUUUCACUGUGGCUUUCCUUGCCAGAAAGCUUCCUGACACUUUCAACGAAGCCAAGUUCAUCACUUUUAGCAUGCUGGUAUUUUGCAGUGUUUGGUUAUCCUUUGUUCCAACAUACCUGAGCACCAAGGGGAAAUACAUGGUAGCUGUGGAGAUCUUUUCCAUUUUAGCCUCCAGUGCUGGGCUGCUGGGUUGUAUUUUCUUCCCCAAAUGCUACAUUAUUGUAUUAAAGCCAGAAUUGACUAAAUUAUCAAUGAUAGAAACUGACAGGAAGAUCAUAGGAAUCACUGCAUGA